AUGUCGAUCAAGGCUUGGCGUGCACAGUCGAUCAAUGUCUUGGAGUUAACGCCGCCGGGACAAGACAGGACGUGUUUGAAUAUCCCCGCGGAAUCUCUUUUCAACCACCAAUCCCAAUUACGGCGCUCUACAAAUCCCAAGCGAUGUGAGGCCUUGAUAAUCAUUAAAUAUCACUCUUCGCCCCGAAUUGCGAUGCAAACCUACACGAUGUGUUGGUAUACGACCUCGUCGAAGAUCUCCGUGACGCACUUCGUCAGUUCUCCUCCCUGGCGGCAUUGCAAAGACCAUCAUCCCUUCCAUCUCCCAAGAAUAUUACUUACAAACAUGUCCGGUCUCUACGAUGACACGCCGUUAUGCUCGGGGAACUACUACGGCCCUAUCGCACCCUUAAACACCCUCGAUUACCCUGCCACCUAUGCCACUCCACAAGUCAUCGAUAACGGUUCUACUGAAAGCUAUGACCAGCCUUAUACCUGUACACAACCAUAUUCAGGUGAAUUCGGUUUCAUCCGGACACCUGAAUUUUAUCAAUGGAGGGAACGAUUUGAAGCCAUGAAUGUGUAUAAUGCCCAAUCAGAAGGGAUUUCUGGCCAAUGCGAAAAUGCAUACGACGAGGAGGAAGAAUACGACGACGAAGAAACAGUUGACGAUGAUAGGGAGAACAACUAUUCCUCGUUAAUCAAUGACGAACUACCUGCGUCCAAACGAUUACGCCUCAAUGAGACCGGAGAUGCACGGGAGGUGAACCCAGUGCUGGCUCCAAGGCAGAACCAAGAAUCUGAGAUCGAACAGGAAACUAUCGCAGAGGUAUCAACACCUCAUCUCAUAAAGGUUCUUCCAAGACGAAACGAAGCCAUUCCCCCUUCCCCUCCGCCUGCGCUUGUCUGCCCUCCUCCUAGACCAAGUCCCUCUAAUGAGACGGCUAUACAGAAGAGGAGCAAAGAAAACCUCAGACUCCUUAUGCGAAAAGCAUCGGUUUCGCUGACGUGUAGACCAAAUGCAGCAGAGAAUAUCCGGCGGUUCCUUGCUUCCCUCCAGCGUCUUCCAGGUGAGAAGAUGCAGAAGGGAGAUUGUGUACCUAGGCUGUCAAGGCUGGAACGCUAUCGCUGGCUCCGCGAGGAUGAGUGGGCGACGAAUGUCGAAAAAACGUAUGUCAACUGUGUCGGAUGUGGGCGCAAAGUGCAGCUGGACAAGAGGGCCGAUGCAGAGUGGUAUCUGAGUCUAUGGGUCAAGCAUCGCGACAAGUGCCCCAAGGUGUACGAGAAGUGGCAGCAUAGAGAAGAUGCGACCCAGGCGCAUACAGAGAAGGAGAAUACACAGAAGGUGUUGGUUGUUGGGUGA